AUGAACUACUACGGCAACUACUAUGGAGGCCUGGGCUACGGCUAUGGAGGCUUCAAUGACCUGGGCUAUGGCUGUGGAUGUGGCGGGUUCCGCAGACUGGGCUACGGCUGUGGCUAUGGAGGCUACGGAUACAGCUGCGGCCGCCCAUCAUUCUACGGAGGAUAUGGAUUCUCUGGAUUUUACUGA